AUGGCUGGUAUCGCCCCUGGAAAGACCUUCAUCCCUGGGUUGGACUUCAGCAGCCAGUCUUAUAGCAAACUCAGUGAGAAGGUUGAGGCCGACGUCAGCCGUGCUCAUGAGAUCAUCAAGGAAAAGCUUCCCUUGCUCGCCCAGCUGAACGCACUCAUCUCCUUGACGUUCGGAGAUCAUGCCCCAGUCUUCGUGGAUGCUCGUUCAUCUGAAGCGAAGUUCCUCGACUCUUGCUCCGAUGAGCCAGACACAAAAGUCACAAUCAAGCCCGAGAACAUCUCUCAGUUCUACGAGGGCAAGCUCGAGCCUCGAUAUGGCCUUUUCAAGGACGCAUUCUUCCACGAGGCCUCAAUGCCAAAGGGCAACGUCCCCAUCGCCAUCAAGUUCGCCGACCUCCUCACUCCCAACCCUCCUGUACCGCCCAAGAAGGUCGUGCCAGGCGCCUUUGCCCGUCUCCCUGAGCCGACAGAGGAUAUUGAUCAAGUCAAGCGGGAUAUCAAGGAGUUCGGCUACGGUGAACGCAAAGCCGGUGUCUCCGCCACGGACGGUGGUCCUGAUGCGCCCAACCAGCGCAUCUGGACUCUUAUCAACAAGGGAGAGGAGUUCCUCGAUCUUCUCAACCACCCUCUGAUCGAUGAGAUUGUCCCCUGGUUCCUUGGCGAGCACGCCCUCAUUCAUAGCUACAGCGCCAACAUUGCCCGCCCUGGUAAUGUCCCCAUGCAACUUCACACGGACCAAGUCGCCAUCCAGCCGCCAGUUCGCGAGCUCGCUUUUGGCCUUAAUAUCAUGUGGUAUCUCGAGGACAUCACCGAGAAAAACGGUGGCACCCGUGUGUUCCCUGCGUCUCAUCUGGGUCAGAUUGCCCCUGACGAUCUGUUCACUGUCGAUGGCACCGUCGCCGCCGAGGGGCCUUCUGGCACUGCCUUAGUGUUCGACAGUCGGUUGUGGCAUGCUACGGGCCCCAAUCGUGAGGAGUCUGGCGAGCGCCCCGUCAUUCUGAUAUUCUUCAUGCGGUCUUUCAUUCGACAGCAGGAGAACAAUUUCCUGUCGUUGCGCAAGGAUGUCGAGGCUAAGUUGUCUGACCGCCACAAGCGCCUUCUUGGUUUCUGCACUACGGGUGCAUUGGGGGGCAUUGAGGGAGAAGUCCGGGAGGGUAUCUUCGUAACGAGGAAGGAUGAUUGUGUUGGAACAUUGCGUGCCGCUCAUGAAUGA